AUGGUAAGUGAAUCAAAAAUAAGCCCCAGUAUAGUUGUCUCACCCCAAAUCAGUCACUAUAGUGAGUUUGAUACCGGUGAACAUGAUGUGUUUGUCGUUACUGAGGAAGGUCCAGAUUUCCGUGGAGUAUCUACGCUAGGUGCAGCGGUUCUUAUUGCAAAGUCACAAAUGGGACUCGGAAUUCUUGGAAUUCCCCAGACUUUUCAAUCUUUGGGAUUUGUUCCUGGUCUUAUAAGUCUAGUUGCACUCUGUGCGUUAAGUACAUGGACAGGAUUUAUAGUGGGAAAGUUUCGCCUUCGCCAUCCUUCAGUAUAUAGCAUUGGUGAUGCUGCAGAAAUGAUGUUUGGCACUAUGGGUCGUGAAAUUAUGGGAGGUGCAUUUUGGCUUUUCUACACUCUUUGCUAUGGUGCUUCACUUUUGACCUUUUCUAUAUCCUUGAAUACGUUGAGUGAUCAUUCCAGAUGUACUAUGGCUUGGAUCGGAAUUGGUGCUGCUAUAUCAUUGGUGUUGGGACUGGGAAUUCGUACCAUGAAAGUCAUGUCUUGGUGCGGUUAUGUUGCUCUUAGCUGUAUCAUGAUCAGUGUAUGGAUUGUAGCCAUAGCAUGUUUGGCCCAGAAAAAACCGGCAGAUGCCGCUAAAGGCUUGCCCAUUGACAAGGGAAUUGUUGCAGUUUCGUCCAAUGUGCCAUUUUCCUCCAUUGCUAGUGCAACUGCUACGCAAGUGUUGUCACUAUGUGGUACAGCUUCUUUUUUUACAAUUCAUUCUGAAAUGAGAGACCAAAAAAAGUACGUGAAAUCACUUCUUCUCGGACAAGGGUUUGUUUGCUUCAAUUACAUUGUUAUUUCCUGUUUCAUUUACGCAAAGGUUGGCAAUUAUGUUACCUCGCCUGCUUUAGGAUCGGCUGGUUCACUUUUCAAAAAAAUAGGCUACGGCAUAGCCAUUCCAGGAUUAUUGUUUUCGUGUUUUUUCCAAGCACAUCUUGCCGGAAAGUAUUCCUUUGUUCGUAUUCUUAGAGAUACGACACAUCUACAGCUGAACACGGUCAUUCAUUGGGUUACCUGGACAAUACUGAUGGUGGUUGUGAUUUGCGUGGGUUUUGUAGUUGCAGGUGGUAUUCCUUUCUUUAAUGAUUUGUUAGCAUUGAUAGGUGCUUUGAUCGGAACAAGUUUUACAUUGAUAAUUCCAGGGUUCUUGGCUUUAUACGACCUUGGGAGAUAUGUGCCUAAAGAAGGCGAUGGCCUGUUUCAAUGGAUCGUUCAGUCAAAAAAGAAGUGGGGUUUGAACAACAGAAACAUCAUAACUGCAAGUGUUGCGAUUUUUUCAAUUGUGUUUGGCAGUUAUAUCGCUGUUUCCGGGAUUUACGGUUCUCUCAAAUCUAUUAUUGAUGGAUACCGGAAUGGUUUGGUUCCGUCUGCUUUUUCAUGUGCCGAUAAUAGUACUUAA